GGCGCCCGUGCUGCUGAGCCCGCUCAGCGAGACGCUGUGGCGCGACAGGGCGGCGGCGGCGGCGGGCGGGGUCCUCGUCGGGGACGUGUCGGCGCGCCUGGCGUGGCGCGACCUCACCGUGACCGUCGCGCUCGGCACCGGCGACACGCAGGCCGUGCUGCAGGGCCUCACGGGGCACGCCGAGCCCGGCACCAUCACCGCGCUCAUGGGCCCGUCCGGCUCCGGCAAGUCCACGCUGCUCGACGCGCUCGCGGGCCGCCUCGCCGCCAACGCCUUCCUCUCCGGGACCGUCCUCCUCAACGGGCGCAAGGCCAACCUCUCCUUCGGCGCCGCGGCCUACGUGACGCAAGACGACAACCUGAUCGGCACGCUGACGGUGAGGGAGACGAUCUCGUACUCGGCGCGACUCCGGCUCCCCGACAAGAUGCCGAGGGAGGAGAAGCAGGCUCUGGUGGAGGGCACCAUCGUGGAGAUGGGGCUGCAGGACUGCGCCGACACCGUCGUCGGCAACUGGCACCUGAGGGGGAUCAGCGGCGGCGAGAAGCGGAGGGUCAGCAUCGCCCUGGAAAUACUCAUGCGGCCCAGGCUGCUGUUCCUGGACGAGCCUACCAGUGGCCUUGACAGUGCUUCGGCGUUCUUCGUGACGCAGACGCUGCGAGGGCUGGCAAGGGACGGCCGGACCGUCAUAGCGUCGGUGCACCAGCCGAGCAGCGAGGUUUUCUUGCUGUUCGACUGCCUCUACCUUCUGUCAGGGGGCAGGACAGUCUACUUCGGGAAGGCAUCGGAGGCCUGCGAGUUCUUCGCCCAGGCUGGCUUCCCGUGCCCGCCGAUGCGCAACCCGUCGGACCAUUUCCUCCGGUGCAUAAACUCGGAUUUCGACAAGGUGAAGGCCACUCUCAAAGGGUCGAUGAAGGCGAGGUUCGAAAGGUCCAACGACGACGACCCGCUGGAGAAGAUGACGACGUCGGAAGCGAUGAGGAGGCUCACCAGCUACUACCAGCACUCGCAGUGCCACAUCAACGCGCAGCAGAAAGUGGACGAGAUGGCCCGGCUCAAAGGAACGGUGCUGGAUCCAGGAGGAGGGAGCCAGGCCAGCUUCCUGAUGCAGGCGUUCACGCUCACGAAGCGCUCGUUCGUCAACAUGUCCAGGGACUUCGGCUACUACUGGCUCAGGCUCAUCAUCUACAUCGUCGUCACGCUUUGCAUCGGGACUAUAUACCUCAACGUUGGGACCGGAUACAGCUCUAUCCUGGCCCGGGGCGCGUGUGCUUCGUUCAUCUUCGGCUUCGUCACGUUCAUGUCCAUCGGAGGGUUUCCGUCUUUCGUGGAGGACAUGAAGGUGUUCCAGAGGGAGAGGCUGAACGGGCACUACGGCGUGCUGGCGUUCGUCGUCAGCAACACGGUCUCGGCGAUGCCGUUCCUGGUCCUCAUCACCUUCGUGUCGGGCACGCUGUGCUACUUCAUGGUGCGCCUGCACCCGGGCUUCACGCACUACCUCUUCUUCGUGCUGGCGCUCUACGCCAGCGUCACCGUCGUCGAGAGCCUCAUGAUGGCCAUCGCCAGCGUCAUCCCCAACUUCCUCAUGGGCAUCAUAAUCGGCGCAGGGAUCCAGGGGAUCUUCAUGCUGGUGUCGGGUUACUUCAGGCUUCCGCACGACAUCCCCAAGCCCUUCUGGAGGUACCCCAUGUCAUACAUCAGCUUCCACUACUGGGCGCUGCAGGGGCAGUACCAGAACGACCUCAGGGGCCUGCUGUUCGACAACCAGGACGACGAGCUGCCCAGGAUCCCGGGGGAGUUCAUCCUGGAGACCGUGUUCCAGAUCGACGUCGCCCGCUCCAAGUGGCUGGACCUGGCCGUGCUCUUCAGCAUGAUCGUCAUCUACCGCCUGCUCUUCUUCCUCAUGAUCAAGGCCAGCGAGGACGUCACCCCCUGGCUGCGCCGCUACGUCGCGCGGCGCCGGGUGCGGAACCGUCGCCACCGCAAGCCGGACCUGCCCGCCCGGACGCCGUCGCUCCGCGGGUACGUCGUCGACGCGGCCAGCCUGCCGGACGACCACCCGUGACGAAAGAGCGCGAGAGAAAACGUACGGGCAGGGAUGUCAUUUCAUAUCAUAUCACACAGAGGCUAAACCGGAUCGAGCUGAUAAUAACACACUCACUCACUAGUACUGCAAUAAUAUGAUGUUAAGUUGGUAUAGCAACCGCUUAAGUGCCCGUUCGGUUCUUCCUGAAUGCUUUACUGGAUUGGUUCCGGAUUGGAAUAGUUCACAAAUUUGUAUUAGCUCGAUGAGUUGGAAUGAUUCCGGCCUUCAAUCUGGACUAAACGAACAGAGCUGUAAUGGAGUGUUGCUUGAUGCACUGCUAAGAUGUACACGUAUAUGAAGAGCAUGUGACCAUCAGUUCUA